UGCCAGCGCAUCUCCUCUGAGACGUUCAACAGAAUUUCGUUAAACUUUGUACUUGAGGUGGCUUACUACACCCUGAAAUAGUUUCUCAAAUCAGUACGAAUGGAUUUAAUCAUAAAAGAUAUGAUGAUAUAUAAUAAAUAUAUAUGCCUAAAAUAUACAAAUUUGGAUAAAAACAUGAUUUUCAAAAAUAAAAAUUAUUUAAACUCAUAUAAACUAAAGACUGUCGGAUUUGAACUCGAGAUCUGCCGUUCACCAGCCCAAUGCUUUAACCACUGAGCUACAAUGAUAGACAAACAAAUCGAUCGAUACAAAUGACUUCACAAAAGAUUUAAAUUGCCAUCUUGUGACAUAGUGUCAUAAAGAAUAUAAGCUAUUCUGAUUCAAUAAUUUUUCUGAGAGUUAUGCCACAUUUUAACUUAAAAUUUUGAUCCCUCUGUUCUGUUCUUGUCAGCGCAACUCUGAGACCGCUCAACAGAAUUUCAUGAAACUUUGUAGUUAAUAAGGACACACUGUGCAGAUGUGCAUAUUCCCAGGAAAUUCUGAUUCAAUACUUUUUCUGGGAGUUAUGCUCCUAUUCAACUUAGAAUUGGAAGCCCUUCUGUCCUGUUCUUGUAGUAUUGCAUAGCAUUGCCAUUCAUUAUGUGAGACAUUGUCAAGCAAUGUUGGACUAUGGGGUAUGUGAGCUUGCUCACAUCUUCUUUCUUUCAUUAAUGAAGCUGAGCUAAUGGUUUUGUUUUUAUGAUAAUGUGUCGAUCUCAAAUUCAUUUCUGGAUCAAUGAAUUUUGUUUCAGAACAAACAUUUGAUUAGAAUGGUUCCUACUGGUAUUUUAUUGGAGAUUUUACACAAAUGAAGGAAUUAACUCUUAAAAGGCUAUUCCAUUUGUGUGGGUGAUGAUAUGGCUGAAUCACAUCUUUAUUGUAACUGCACGCAUGUAUUCCUAGCUAUAUGUACAAAUGAAGUAUCAUAAUGAACAGACAAUUGCAGGCAAUUACUAAGACAAUUUGGAGGAAAAAAAUCAUUAGUUGAGGAACUGUGAACUGGCUAGGGUCUGUGCAUGCUAAACUACACUCUCAUCCUAUAAGUCCUAAUGUAUCCUCGGCAGAAACUACAUUGGAUUUCAUGGAUAGACAAUGGAUAUUUCUGAAUCAUUUGGGGGGGUCUGUUUUGGUUACAAGCAAAUAUUGGAUAUUGUGCAAUGAUACUGGUAUAUAUUUGUGAAGACAACAGUACUGAGACAGCAUCUGUGAAGCGUCCUCAUUUCAGCUUUGACAAGGGUUUUGUGAGUUGUCCUGAUCAGUUGUGGAGACAUGACUGUGUUUUAAGCACUCUGUAAGACUCACCAAUGAAUGAUCCCCAUGUGUCUGCAAAUGGGAUGUGGUAGAAGCAAACCGCACUUACACCACGAGUCCAGUGACGACAGCGAUUUAGACAAAAAGAGCAAGCAUAAAAAGUCUCUUGGCAAAAGCGACAAGUGUGUCUGUAACUCUGGCAACAAAGUGGGUGACACCAAGGAGAACAAUGACUUAUCAAAGUCAGCAUCCAACAAACGGAAAGAUUCGGGGAUGUUCAAGCUGCCACAGAAAAAUUCUGGAGCAGUGUCCUCAAACGGUGUUCAGAAGGUGACACAGGGCCUGGAUGUGAAGAAAUCCAAACUUGAUAAUGGUGUGCCAAAUACAACUCAACCAAAAGUCAGGGUAACCAAUAGUCAGCUAGACUUCUUCAAAAUGCUGGAUGAGAAAAUUGAGCAGGGUCGGGAUUAUGAAACAGAUGAAGAAUCUGAAAGAACUAUAGAGAAUGAUAGGGUUUCAAGUGAACAAUGAAUAAAUGUGAUUGCACUCGCAGUCACUAAUUAAGAGAUUUAGCUGUGGAAUAUGGACAGACACUACAGACUUCUCAUAUUACACGGACUUGUUGUAGAGUAUGAUACUACAUGUAGGAAGGAAUUUCGGUGAUAGAUACACAAAGCCUUUAUCAGUAGAUGUCUAACAGUUUUCUUUUACACAAAUUCAUUUCUCAGAAAUCGACAAGUAAUGGAUCGAGACAUUGGUAUAUUUCCUGCUAUAAGUAGUGUAUCACAUGAACGUUAUUUACGCGGAAUUUCACAUUGAACUAGUCAUUCACGAAAAUUUAGUUCUCAUCAAUCAAUUUUGAAUAAUAUAGAAGACUUAAGCAAUAUAUAAUGAUUCACGAAAGUUGUAUCUCAUGAAUAAUAUAAUUUGUAUCAUAUCAAAAAUAAGGUCUCACAAAAUAAAAGGUGGGGGCCAUUUUCUCAGCUAAAUUAAAUUCUUACACAGUGGCUUACAUAUAUGAUAUAGAUAUACACAGAUACUAGGGCUGGGACGAUAUAUUGAAAUGUCAACAAAAUAGAUCUGAAGAAAUCGUGAUGGCACAUUGGUGCAUUUAGUGUAAUAUUGAUCAUGAACCGUAUAUUUAUUAUGUUUUGAAUUCUAACUCUAUUUCUGUAGAAAAGAUAGUAGAAUUUAUUUAAUGUGGUUGUGUAAUAUGGAACAUGUCCACUCUAAGAAACAGCAAACAAUAAAUAAGUUAAUUAUGAGGAGUAAUAGUCAGAUUAAAUUAUUCUGUUAAAUGAAGAGAUAUUUUACAAUAUUGUGAUGCUCAUCCAUUUUGUUGCAGCUGUAUUGAGAUAUAGAUCGAUCCAGACAAAACUUGUAUCAUCCCAGCCCUUAAUUAAAUACAUUUGAACUCAUGAACUUUGACUCUUCGAAUGAUAACAUUAUGCAUUAUGUUUUGUAAAAUGAGGGCUCAGUAUGGAGUACGAAAUUUCUUUUUCCUGUUCACUUUUAUUUUCUGUUUUGUCUAAUUCCAUUUCGAAAAAUCAAAUUUACAUUAUACUCAUUGAAAAUUUCUCUCUCUCUCUCUCUCUCUCUCUCUCUGAAUUUAUCAUGUGAUUUGGAUCGAUAAACAAAUGUGAUCUCAAAUACUCACUCCCACAUUAAGGACAAUCCCAAUAGACAGCUAUUGUACCACCUGAUAUUGUUUUUCACAGAUCACCAAUGAUUUCAGAUACCUUGUCAACAUUUUACAUUAGUUUGUGCAUUGAUUUUUUAUAUUGUUGUAAAUGAAAAAUAACCUGUCUUACAAGAUGCUGCAAUGUGAAAACUGGAAAGAAGUUGGGACUUUAAAGGCUAUAAUCUGACCUGGGGUUUUUUUUUGUGUUUUUUUUUUUUAAAGAAAACUGAAAGAUGCUGGUUUUGGACAUUUCUACCAGUACUUGUAACAGUCAGUGUAAGACUACUCAAAGUGAUUAACAAAAAAUUAAAUGUAUUAUCUCCCUUAUUUCACUAGGAGCUUGAAAUUGAUCAAAACUAGCAAUUUUUUUUAUCAUUAUAUUUUAUUAUCAUGUUUUUUAUUAUAUUUUUUUUUUAUAUAAAUUUGAAAGAUAAUUUGUUAAAAGUCGAUCAGCAAUCACACCAAUUGAGUAUUUUGGUAAAUUUUAAGAAUAUUUAUAAAUGAGCAUGCUCAAUAUUAAUGCAAGAUAUCAUUAUGUUAAGAUGAAGAUGGCAAAAUUUACAUUUGUAUUGAGUUGUUCAUUUCGAGCAUUUCUUGUUCUUGCAGAAGGAUUGUUACUUUUAGGUUCCAUUAUGUUGUCAGUUCUUACAGAAUGAAAGUUUAUCACUGGUAUUAAACUGAUGAUAGUAACGAUCGUUACUAUCAUCCCAAGAUGGCGGAAGGAAAUUCCGGAAAGAUCACGUUUACUUAUUAUAUCUAUUUUUAUUGUUUCUUUGUGAAUGAUAUGUAGGUAAGAAAUAUCAUUCACCAGCAACAAUUAGGAUCAGGUGUUAUUUUAUCUUUUAUACGGCUCAUAUGAAUAGAAAAUUCAUCGUUGAAAAAACAGCGAGGAUGAUAGUAACGAAAAUGAAUGAUGAUAGUAACGUAAAACUUUCGUUACUAUCAUCCUCGCUGUUUUUUCAACGACGAAUUUUCUGUUCAUAUGAGCCGUAUAAAAGAUAAAAUAACACCUGAUCGUAAUUGUUGCUAGUGUAUGAUAUUUCUUACCUACAUAUCAUUCGCAAAUAAACAAUACAAAUAGAUAUAAGUAAACGUGGUCUCUCCGGAAUUUCCUUCCGCCAUCUUAGGAUGAUAGUAACGAUCGUUACUAUCAUCAGUUUAAUACCAGUGGUUUAUGUUUAGAUUUGACAAUUAUGAGUCUUGCACUAAUGUUAAGUAGCAAGUAGGUGACACUAUACCAAUGUUUACUACUAUUGUUUGUGAGAUUUUGGGCUGUCUUAGACCCAUUCUUCUUUCUGAAAAAUAUGUUUACUUUGUACAUUUUGUAUUUUUUCAACAACAAAAAAAAAGGCAAUACAGUUCGCACAAGAGAUGUGCGUGUUGCAGUAUGUUUUUUUGUUCGGAUUUUGUUUGGAUAUUUUCUCAGUACCCGUGCAAUAUGAUCUACCUGUAUGUUUUAUUUAUUUUUGUUCAAAAGCAAGCUUAAACUGUUUUUGUUUAUUCAGUUUGCGUGCUAAGUUGUUUGUUGUAUUUGGUAUUCCAUUCAUUUGAAUGCUCUUGUCAAGCAGACCAUAUGGACAGCUUAUUUUGUUACUAAUAGUCAGUUCUGCUGUUUCCCAGGAUUCAGAUUGUUUAAACUUUCUGUACAUACGCCACCAUUUAAAAAAAAAAAAAACAAUUGGCAUGAUCUAAAUUUAUUUAAUGUAUUUCUUGUGAACAGUGUUUGAUUUAAAGUAAUUUGGCGGUAAAAAUAGAUUUUACAGGAUUCCGAUUUCCUUUUUUUUUAAUUUAAUGUUGUAUCAGAAUAUCAGCAAGUUUUAAAAACGUUACCCAUGCACAAAAUUGACUCAAUAUGUGUUAUUGCAAUAAUGCCAGAUUCACUGUAUUACCUGUUUAACCUUUUACGUGGAGCUAAAUUCCUGAAUUUUACGAGGAAGAGUAGAGAUUUCUGUCAAAAUAUCUUGUAUCAUGGUAGUAAAGAUCUAAUUCUACUGUUUUAUUGCAAAAUAUAGGAAAUCAUAAACUGAAAAACUUGUGAAGUGUGAUGUAUAUAACUGACAAAUAAGAACAGUAUUUGCUCAUUUUUCAUUCCACAAUUUGUAUUAUUGUUAUAUCAUGAUAUACAGCCUAUGAUUCUAUUGUCCUCGCACAACGAAGUACAAGAGGACUUAGUAAUAUCAUAGUGCCUGUCUGAGUCAUUUGUGUAGAAGCUGACCGGGGGGUGGGAGGACCCUGGCCGGGUCCCACUUAAUUUUUGUCAUCUAUCUCUACAGUAAAACAGGCUAAGUAUCGGUGAUUGGUUUUAUAAAAUUAUGAAUUUCAUUCCCAUUUAAAAAUUCUAAGGAUGUACAUUAUACAUGUAAAAAAAUCUUUCUUUGGGGGGGGGGGGGGGGGGGGGGGGGGGUCAAGACACCUGUAGUAUAACAACUGUAUUUCACUGUACAUGAACUUUCCAAAAAUUCAGAUAUUUUUGUAAUCAGUGGUUCAAUUAUUCCAGGAUUGUUUCAUUGUUUUAACACGGCAUGUAAAGUAACAAGCCUUAAGAAACUACAGUUGAACACCGAUAUUUCAUAUACCAUGGAUAUAUGUUGAAGUGAUUAGGAAGUCCCAAAAAUUUAUUCUUUAAGUAUUUUACCCUCGAUAUCUCGAAUCCUUGAAUAUUUCAAAGUGAUCGAGAAGUCCCAUCAAGUCUGAGAUAAAGAGGUUUGUACAGUAUGUACAGUGCCAACAGUUUUCACGUUGCUCAGUUUUGAAAUAGCUAAUAUUGAUACAAAAUAACUAUGUUUAUGAAAUCCAUAUUGAUGUGCUGUGUUGUUGAUAUAUGACCCUGUUGGCCAAAUGCAAUAAAAAAAUUCAAUGCAUUUUAUUUCCAUGAAAAUAGCAUUUCUGUAUGCCAGUUUUUGAUUAUUGUUUAUAAUUUAUUCAUGUUUGCCUUACACAUUUUAUUUUUAUCAUGUAGAUUCCUUGAUAUUGCAUUCCGUAUGAUUUGAAAUUUUUGUAGAUCACGAGAUAUUGUUUUAUUGUGAAAACAACCUGCAUAUUAUUUUGUGGUGUUUUAUUUAAAAUAACACAAAGGCAUUGAAAAUCUGAGUCACUAGUAACAUUGUGGAGCUGAGUGCUAUUGCCAGCAAAUUUUUUUUUAAGUUGCAAUGGUUAGGUCUGUUUAUGAAUCUAAUUUACAAUGCGCCUUGAGUGUCGAUUUUUUGAUCUAGAUGAUUGUAAUUUUUAAUAUUAGGUGCUCAGUAUCAUGUAAUUUCAGAAGUUUUCCUUUGACAGAAAAUAUCUAAUAUUGUGAUUGAGGGAGUUGUUUUUAAUAGCAAAUGUACUAGUCUGUUUCUAAAACAAUUCCUAUACUUGCCCAUUCCAAAAACAGAAUGUUCAUCUGUAAUGAGAUUGGGUUCUUUAGAAUCACAUACACCCCUCCCUCCCUCUCGAUACAACAAAAUUAUGUUCACUGUCAUAUUUAUCCUGAGGGACAGGCCUUUAAUUUUACUUUCUAUAGUGUGAGAGUUAAUUGGUGUUCAUUAUGCCAUUUUUUUGGUAAAUGUUGCAAUAGCAUGAAAUGCUCAAUGGAAUCAGGUAUACAUUAUUUGGGGUGAAUUUGUAGUCUUUCUUGCAUUUCCAAUAUGUUUUCAUGACUGUCAAUAAUCGAAUCAUGCAGUGCAAUUUAACAUAUGCAUGUACUUUUUUUAAAUUAGAUGUCAUCACAAUUAAUACAUUCAUUUUAUUUAUACCUUCAUAUGAAAUCUGCCACAAAUAACUGGAAGUAAAUCUGAAUGAAUUAACAGUAUGUUAUCUCAUGCUGAAAGGCAUCGCAAAUUAUCCAGAAUUUCUAAUUGACUCCAGUUAUGUUUACCCAAGGCACUGUGUUAUUUAUGGAAAUAAAUGAAUGCAAAUUAUAUUUAUUUACAAUAUCUUCUCACUUUCCAAUCUUCAAGCAUAUAUUUAUAAUCUACAGAAUAAUGCCUAAGUGAUAUGAAGAAUGGAGCUUUAUGAAAUAAAUCGGUGAUUGUUCUUUUUCAUGUGCCAUUGUAAAAACAUUUUAAGAUGAAAAUUGUAAUGUGAAUGACUUUGAAAGAAGAGACAGUUCUGUUCUAGUUUUGUUGUCUGCCAAAGAUGGCUUGUCUGUGAUCUAUUUAAAUAUUAUUUUCAACUGUCUUUUUCCAUUCUCAUUUUGUUAUUGCUUGUUUUAAAUAUGUAUGGCAGAAAUAAAUUCUUACACAAUAAA